AUGAACGAAGAGGUUUUAAGCACUACUCCGCUAUGGAGAUAUGUGACUAAGAAGGAUAAAGUUAAAGGUGGUGGUAAUUGGAAUUUUGUAUGUAACCACUGUCAAGUUCCAUAUUCGGGUUCAUAUUCAAGAGUGAAAGCACAUUUGUUAAAGAUUCCAGGCUCUGGAAUUAGAAUAUGUCCAAAGGUCAGAGAACAUAAACUUCAGGAAAUGAAACAAUUGAGUGAUGAAGCUGAGGCCAGAGCAAAAGCAUCUAAGUUUAAAAGUGUGCCUCUGCCAACAUGUGGAUCAGGUAGUGGUUCUUCUUUUGCGUCAAAUUCUUCAUCACUUGUUGAAGAUCCUAGGAAGAAGAAAGAGGGGUGUCCAUAUUAUAAAGUUGCAUUUAAUUUGGCUACAUCAGAUAGUAAAAGCAUUCAAGGUUAUAUUCCGCCGGGUUAUAAUAAACUAAGAACAACUCUUUUACGGAAGGAAAGAGAACAUGUUGAGAAAGAGCUAGAACCAAUUAAGAGCACUUGGAAAGAAAAAGGUGUGAGUAUUGUGACCGAUGGAUGGACCGACGAACAACGAAGACCCCUCAUGAACUUUAUGGCUGUUUCAGAGGCUGGUGCAAUGUUUAUUAAAGCAGUCAACACUCAAGGGUCAGUGAAGGACAAAGAGUACAUUUCUAAGUUGAUCAUUGAGACAAUUACGGAAGUUGGGCAUCAGAAUGUUGUGCAAGUAAUCACGGACAAUGCACCAGUUUGUAAGAGUGCAGGGCUACUUGUAGAAGUAUAUGAAGGGUGUGCUUGGAUUAGUGAAAUUAUUGCUGAGGUGGUACUGAUCAGAAACUUCAUCACUAAACAUUCCAUGAGAUUAGCCAUGUUUAAUGAACAUGUGGAGUUAAAAUUAUUCACACUUGCAGAGACACGUUUUGCCUCUAGUAUUAUAAUGCUUCAAAGAUUUAAAGAUGUGAAGCAAGGACUCCGUAACUUGGUAAUUUGCAAUCAAUGGUCAUCAUAUAAAGAUGAUGAUCCUAAUCAAGCAUUGUUUAUAAAAGAGAAGUUGUUGGAUGAUGAUUGGUGGAACACUUUGCAGUAUGUUAUUGAUUUUACAAAACCUAUCAUAGAAAUGCUUAGAUUAUGCGACACAGACGAGCCUUGUCUUCACUUGGUUUAUGAAAGGUGGGAUCGAAUGAUAGAUGAGGUAAAGAGCAUUAUACAUCGCCACGAGGGCUUACAAGAAUAUGAUAUUUCACCAUUUCAUAUGGUGGUGGACGGGAUUUUAACAGAUCGUUGGAGUAAAAGUAGCACACCGCUUCACUCUUUGGCACAUUCAUUGAACCCAAGGUAUUAUAGUCGUCAGUGGCUUGAUGAACGUCCAGGGCGUGUUCCACCACAUAGAGAUCUUUUGAUUGCAGGUCAAAGAUUGAAGUGUUUCGAGAGGUAUUACGAUGCGGAUGAGUUAAGAGAAGUUAACAUUGAGUAUGCUAAGUUUUCAUCUUGCCGUGAAGAAUUUGCAAAUGCAAAUACCAUAAAUGAUAGAUGGAGUAUGAAUCCUUAUGUGUGGUGGGUUACUUAUGGGGUGUAUGCUCCUUUACUUCAGCAAAAAGCACUCAUGUUGCUUGGCCAACCUUGUUCAUCUUCUUGUAGUGAGAGAAACUGGAGUACGUGA